AUGGAAGUAAUUUCAGAGCUAUUGGCUAGUGUUAUACUCUUGGUGACAAGGGUUUUCACUAUGAUUAAGCUGGUAUGUUUGUUUCCUAUCAGAACUGGAUUAAUUGUGAUUAACACUUGGACAGAGUUGUUUAGGAAUGCAAUAAUCUUCAAUGUGAACAUAGUAUUGAGAUUUAUCUCAUGGAUGUUUGGGCUUUUUGUUUUACCUGCAAGAGUUGUGAGUUCCAUUGAAAGGGAGAGGCAGCUUGAACGAAAACUACGUCGAAUGCAGACUGAGGUGGAGAAUCUCGAGUGGAAACAGAAGAAACUUCAAGAACGGUUCCAACUGGCGGUCAAGGAAUGCAAAAUGAUGGAGAUGUUACUGGCAGAGCUUGAAGAAGAACAUGAUUUGACGAUUGCCAAAAUUGAAAACUUAGAGGGAAAGUUGAGGGAUCAAAUAAAUGAAAAUCGUCGGCUCAAAGAAACGCAAGGAAAAGGAUACUGGAACUCGAAAAAUCAAAACAUUGACAAUGAUAGAAAGGUUGAUGCUAGCAUUUCUCCUCCUACCCUACCACGGAAGUCCAGUUAUAGUGAAAGUGAAGUUUCUCUUCAGGAACUUCUCAUGCGCAAAGAUAUUUGGAAAGACGAGAGCAAAGCUAGAACCGAGCUGCUGAAACUCCUGAAAACGGGACAAAAAUCUGCGCCUGCUAAACCAGAACAAGUCUCAAAGGAUGCAGUAGUAGAAAUGAGUGAAGUAGUUGAUCAUCAUCGAGAAGUUGCCAUUUCACGAUCAAUUUUCAGCGCGAUUUUGUCACUGAUAGUUGGAGUGACUGUUUGGGAAGCUGAUGAUCCUUGCAUGCCUCUAGUUAUAGCUCUCUUUGCUGUAGUAGGCAUGUCUUUGGUGAGUGUGGCGCAGUUUUUCUUCAGUAUUAGAAAUAAACCUGCUUCUGAUGCUGUUGCUCUUUUAAGCUUCAAUUGGUUCAUUCUUGGUACUUUAACCUACCCUACACUACCAAGGGUGGCACCAAUGUUGUUUGGUCUACUAUCCUUAGUUUGA